UGAAAUUUCUGAAAAACUAGGUUUGAUUACACGCGAAAUAAAUAUCACUUUUAUUUCCCUUAAAAGCUCCUGUUUUCCUUAUCUGUAUUUCAUUACCUGUUCUGUUUUGAUUUGCGAAGUACAUAAAUAAAAAAGUGCAUUGGAUUUUAAAAUGUCCCACAAAUCUUGUGUGGAACUGAGCGAAAUCCGCAAAUUGGAUAAAAUAGUACAGCAAUGCGAGCUGUACAUGUCUAACAAUAAUAUUAAUGAUACCGCUAAGAAACCGCCUUUAAAGGAAUUUAAAAGAAAUUGCCUUGCAAAAUCCAAUAAAUUUGUAGAAAGGGAACUCUUCUCGCUUAUGUGCAACCUAAAUAAGAUUGAAAAGAAGCAAGUUUUUGUUUCAGAUAUUUUGAUAAACGCCAGUAUGUUCGACGACAAAAAAGAGAGUUUGUCAAGAUUUCCGAAAAAUGUACCCGACCAUAACACUCUGGUUUAUCACAAGUUCUUGCGAACUAGAUCUAGUAAUGAUAAUGACACACUAGAACUUAAAACAAAACUAAAAUCCAAGGAAAAACAAGGCACUAAGUACACGCCAGAUUGUUUCUUUUCUCCCUUACUAUUCAAAUUAAACAAUAAAAGAGAGUGCUUGAAAAAGAAUAAGAACAACAAGGGGGAAAGUUUAAUUGACUCGAAUAAUGUCUCAAACGAGCUAAGGUCAAGCCAGACCAAAAAGCAUACUAGCAGCAAAGCAUCGAAAAAAUGCGUAAAAUGUGAUAAAAAGAAGCUGUAUAUUAAAAACUACCAGACGUCUACAAGGCGGGAUUGUGAUUUGCUUUGCUCGUAUGACCCAUCCCGUAAAAAUAACAGCGACAUUUUCCAAACCCAUAAGGGUAAUUCCUACGAGUGCAUGUUCAAAAACCCUAAAUAUAAUCAAACAGAAAAAACGACCGAUAACGUUUUGGGAAGUUCAUAUGAUGAUAUGCUGGACAAAGAAGCUCUUCUCGGUUCAAAGAGUGAGCCGAAAAUGCAAGAUCCGAAUGAAAUGAUCACUUCUCUGGGUGGAAACAUACUUCUUGACCAGAAGUUGCAGAACAACUAUUAUCACAAGUGGACCUUAUUGCAUUAUUCACCAUUUAAGGCCGUAUGGGAUUGGGUGAUAUUAAUCCUAGUGAUGUACACAGCAAUUUUUACGCCGUACGUAGCAGCGUUUCUGCUUGGAGAACAGGAUUAUCAAAGAAGAAAUAACAAAUACAUAAACUCUGACCCCAUAGUUAUAAUUGAUUUGAUUGUGGAUGUUACUUUUAUCGUCGAUAUCCUAAUAAACUUUCGUACAACUUUUGUCAACGCUCAGGAUGAAGUGGUAUCCCAUCCAGGCCGCAUAGCAGUUCACUACUUAAGCGGUUGGUUUUUAAUUGAUCUUGUGGCAGCUGUUCCAUUUGAUUUGCUUCUAGUUGGUAGUGAUACAGAUGAGACAACUACCCUAAUAGGACUUCUGAAGACAGCGCGACUUUUACGACUGGUUCGUGUAGCCCGGAAAAUUGAUCGUUAUUCCGAAUAUGGGGCUGCAGUUCUUAUAUUAUUAAUGGCAACUUUUAUUUUAAUUGCCCAUUGGCUGGCCUGCAUAUGGUAUGCGAUUGGAAACGCAGAAAAGUCUAUUGCGGCGAAAAAUAUCGGUUGGCUUAAUUCCUUGGCAUAUGAUAUUCAAGAACCGUAUUUUGACAACCGAACUGGUGGACCCUCAAUAAAGUCGCGUUAUAUUACGGCCUUAUAUUUUACAUUUACCUCACUUACGUCGGUUGGAUUUGGAAAUGUGGCACCGAAUACUGAUGCUGAAAAAGCGUUCACCAUUUGUGUAAUGCUUGUUGGAUCUCUUAUGUAUGCCAGUAUUUUUGGAAACGUGUCGGCGAUAAUACAAAGACUGUAUUCUGGAACGGCAAGAUAUCACACCCAAAUGUUGCGCGUUCGAGAAUUCAUUCGAUUCCAUCAGAUACCAAAUCCGCUCAGGCAGAGACUAGAGGAAUAUUUUCAACACGCAUGGACCUAUACAAAUGGAAUUGAUAUGAGCUCGCUACUGAAAGGAUUUCCGGAGUGUCUACAAGCCGACAUUUGCCUUCAUUUAAACAGAAAGUUGUUAACCACAUGCGCAGCUUUUUCGGAAGCCAGUCCUGGUUGUCUAAGAGCUUUUUCGCUUAAAUUUAAAACUACCCAUGCGCCGCCUGGUGACAUCUUAGUCCAUAGAGGAGAUGUCCUUACUUCAUUGUUUUUUAUAGCCAGGGGUUCCAUAGAGAUUCAAAAAGCUGGAAAUAUGAUUGUUGUAUUGGGUAAAAACGACAUAUUCGGUGAAAAUCCGUGCAUAUAUCCAACUCUUGGAAAAUCAAACGGAGUAGUUAGGGCACUGACGUACUGCGAUAUCCAUAAGUUACAUAGGGAUGAUUUGCUGGACGUCCUUGAUGCUUAUCCAGAAUUUCUUGAAAGCUUUGUUAACAACUUGGUCAUAACAUAUAAUAUGAGAGAUGACGAACACUCUGGAGUUGAUAUCAAGCAUCGCUAUUUGAGAGCCAAAUCCUCCGAUAAAAUGAGGAGCUCCCCUGAUAUUCCCUCCAUAAGAAUAGUCGGACUGCGUUAUAAGAAACAAAAUGUUAAUACUUCUGUACAUAAAGUUAAGAAUGAUAACUCCCGUGACCUUAAUAUUUUUAUAGAAAAUGAAAUUGCAAACUAUCAUUUAGACUUGUUUGAAAAUAACAAUUAACCCCAAAUAUCACAAUUUUAAAAUUAAAUAUACAUUUGCCUUUA